CUAGAAAGCUGGGUUUUGAUGAUAGGCUAGCCUAUGUUAGUCUUGUUGGCUUAAGUGGGGGUCUUCUUCUCUUUUGGGAUUUCUAUGUAAAUAUUAUCCAAAUUAAGAAAAAAUCCUUCUAUAUUGCUGUUGAAUUUUCUUUAGGCCUUGAUCCCCCUCAAUGGGGCAUUUUUGUGUAUUUUAGCACUUGUAAACAGGCUCGAAUCUCUCAGUGGGAGGAAUUGUUAGAAGAUAAAGAUCAUUGGGGUGACAGUUGGUUCACUAUUGGAGAUUGGAAUGAUCUCAGAACAGCUGAAGAAAAAUUGGGAGGUAUCAAAAAGAGCAGCAGGAGUUUUCUGGGGUUCAAUUCUUUCAUCAAUAGAAUGGGAAUGGAUGAGCUUCCUUUGCAAGGCUACAAAUUUACAUGGUGUAACCUCAGAGAUGGAGAAGGCAUGGUGGAAGAGAAACUAGACAGAGGUUUUGCCUCUUUCUCUUGGACCCAAAGCUAUCAAAAUGCCUGCAUUUCAAAUAAGAUCAAAAGUGCUUCAGACCACUCUCUUCUUCUGCUGGAUUUGGGGCAACAAAACAACAAGAGGACAGCCAGAUUCCACUUUGAUGAGAGGUGGAUAGGGAUGGAAGGAUUUCAAGAAACAGUAGAAGCAGCCUGGUCCCAGCACACUGAAGGUACCCCUUUCUUUAGGCUCAAGGAGAAGGUAAAGAACACUAAAGUGGCUCUUUUAACUUGGAGUUCCCAGCUGAAAUCAAAAAAUCAAAUGACCAUUGAAGUCCUAACCAAGAAGCUGGAAAUCUUGAGGGAAGAUAAAGCAGAGGACUAUUGGGAUCAGUGGAACAAGACUAGAAAUGAUCUCAAUGAAGCUCACAGACUUGAAGAACAAUACUGGCAACAAAAAUCUAGGCUGAGAUGGAUUAAAGAAGGGGAUGGGAACACCAAAUUUUUUCAUGCUUAUACUCUUCAAAAGAUGAAGUUGAAUGCUAUAUCCAGACUCAUCACACCUCAAUGUAAUGUUCUCACCUCUCGGGUUGAUAUUGAAAAUCACAUCUCUGAAUUUUACUCUGAUCUCUUUCACACUGAGGGCUCCUGGGAUGGUGACUCUAUCCUUCAGCUAAUCCCUAGAACAAUUUCUGAUGAUAUGAACCAAGAUCUCCUUAAACCUGUUUCUGAGGAUGAAAUAAAGUCAGCUCUCUUUUCUCUACACCCUGAGAAAUCACCAGGUGAGGAUGAAAUGAGUGCCUU